AUGUCGUCCGAAAACUGUAAUAAUGCAAAUUUUCCACCUCAGGACUCGCCUGAGAGUGACUACACCGCGGAACCGACCAAUUUUGAGCUCUCCGACUACUUCACAUUUGAUCAGUGGCUAGAGGACGAUCAAGCGGCCACAAUUUUCGGGGCUGUUGAGAAUCCGGUUUAUCGAGCAAAUGAAGUAAUUGAAUCGGGAGGAAUUGGUGGCCAAACCGAAGGACCUAGUAACAAUGAAAGUGAAAGUGGUCGGGAGAGGAAGAGAGUUGCGUUCAAGACAAAAUCAGAGAUUGAGAUAUUGGACGAUGGAUACAGGUGGAGGAAGUAUGGGAAGAAGAUGGUGAAGAACAGCCCGAAUCCAAGGAACUACUAUAAAUGCUCGAUCGAAGGAUGCCCGGUAAAGAAAAGAGUUGAAAGAGAUAGAGAAGAUCCAAGUUAUGUAAUUACUACAUAUGAAGGUCUUCAUACUCAUCCAAGCACCACCUAGUUUUGCUUUUAUGAACCA